CUUACUGUCGUUUUCUUACAUACAUACAAAUACUGACAUUUUUCUCACGCAUUUGUAUUGUUACUAUUUUCAAUGUAACUCUUUGCCUAAGAUGAACCACUCCUAAACCAGUGAAACGAAUUAUAGAUAGAUAGAUACACACACAGGCGCGCAUACAAACAUAUAUAAUAACGAUUAAGACUAAAUUGCUCACAUAACUUGAAGACAUGAACCAGAAUCCUUGAUAGCAAGCUUCCAUUGAUUGAAUAUUCUAGUGAAAUCUCUCUUCUUGUUAACCACCAAUUACACCAAGGAAAGAAAUAUAGGUGUGACUGUAUGAAAUGUAAUAUAGGAGACAAUUAUGGACCACACUACACCCACAAAAGCGUUACAAAUGCCAGGCUUCACAAUCUCUGGUGAAUUCAUAUGGUGACCUCACAUCUUUAACUCUGCUCAAAACUUCAUCUCGAAGACUAUUUUUUCGGGGUCAGGAAAUAUUUUAAAUCUGGUCAGUUGCUGAAACUUAUAAAUUGCAGAAUUAUGGAGAACGAGAGUUUAAAUGAGUUUGCUGAAAAUAGCGCCCCAGAAAUUAGAACCCGGAAAAAUAGAGAUGUAGACAAGAAAGAUCUGAGUUAUGGUUUCGGACGCUUUCGGCCGCAGUGGAUGCAAGUGUUCAAUCGACCUAAGAUCGUCCUUAUGAUUUUGUGUUAUAUCGCUUUCAUUCAAGGUUUUAUCGUUAAUGGAGCAAUCAAUGCAAAUUUGAGCACAAUAGAAAAACGGUUUGAAUUUUCCAGUAAAAUGUCGAGUUGGAUUCCCAGUGUUUAUGAUAUCACAGGAGCACCAGUUGCUUUAUUUGUUUGCUUCAAAGGAGCAAUGAGCUACAAACUACGCUGGCUUGGAUGCGGUUUCAUUGUCUUCAGUUUGGGUUCCUUCAUCAUGGCAAUGCCACAUAUUUUUAGUCACAGAUACGAAUGGGAUAAAAGUAUGUUUAUUCAUUGCUCACGUGUGGAAAGUACCAGUAACGAUUGCGGGGCCAUUCAUGAUGUCAACCCUUAUCACAUAUUUCUUGGAGUUCUUCUUUUAGGGCAGAUGUUUCAUAGUGUAGGUGGAAGUAUUCUCUUUUCACUUGGAAUAACUAUAUUAGAUGACAUUGCUACACCCAUGACAACGCCAUUACAUAUUGGUAUACUGAUGGUUUUUGCAACCUUGGGUCCUGCAUUAGGAUAUAUAGUCGGUGCUCAGUUUCUUGAUAUUUUUGUUGAUCCUUCAAAACAAAAUGAGAUUACUUUUGAUUCUACAGAUCCUCGUUGGAUUGGAGCUUGGUGGAUUUGUUUCUUCAUAUCAGGAUCUCUGUCAAUAUUUAUUGGACCAGUUCUGUUUGGUUAUGCACGGGAACUUCCAGUGACUAAGAGUAUUCAAAUGAAUCGAGAAUCUCAAGUUCACAACGGAGUUGAUAAAUUAUCAGAAAAAUAUUCUGCUUCUCCUAUAACAUUAAAAGUUGUACCUCUGAUUAUAUGGAACCUGUUUAAGAAUCCAGGAUUUGUAUUUGUCACGUUGGCUGCAACGUGUGAAGGAAUUAUUGUGGCUGGAUUAACAGCAUAUUUUCCAAAGUUUCUUGAAAAUCAAUUUGAAGAAACAGCUGCAUCUGCAUCGCUCAUUCCAGGUGUUGUUGCCAUCCCUGCAGCCGCCGGAGGACAGAUUUUUGGCGGUUAUGUAUGCAAAAGGUUUAGUCUAAGAGUACCUGAACAAUGUCUGCUCUCUCUUGUUUCUUUGUCACUUGGAUUUUUAACCUACGGUAUAUUCUGGGCGAAAUGUCAGGACGUCCCAUUUGCAGGAAUCACUCAGCGGUAUCAGGAUUUAUCAAGCUUAAAUCAAUCAACGACAGAAAUCGAAUUUGAAACAAAUCUUUAUUCCAAAUGUAAUUCAGAAUGUUCCUGUACGGCAAAUAAUUAUCGUCCGGUGUGUGGCUCAGAUGCCGUUCAAUAUUUCUCUCCAUGUUUCGCUGGUUGUGCUGCUUAUAACAGAGAAAGUAAAACACAUUUCAAUUGUUCAUGCGUUACGAACUCAACGACUCCAACAGCUUCCGAAGGAAAGUGUCCCACAGAGAAAUGCAACUUUUAUUAUAUGGUCAUCGCCAUAUUAUUCGUGGCAACAUUCUUCACGUUUGCUGCACAAACGCCAAUGGUUUCUAUAAUUCUCAGAUGCACACCAGAUAGUCAUCGGUCCCAUGCCAUUGGAAUAUCUGCUUUCAUUGCACGUUUACUAGGUACAUUCCAAGGUCCAUUACUGUUUGGAUUCGCCAUUGACAAAGCUUGUAGAGUGUGGAAAAGUUCCUGUUCCAAGAAUGGAACUUCUUGUUGGAUUUACCAAAAAGAAUUAUUAUCUCGCAAUUUCUUUUUAUUAACAAUCUUUGUACGGGCAUUAUCCAUUUUCUUUCUCGUAAUCGCCAAAUGCCUUUAUAAACCACCUCCGUCAAAAACUAGAUCAAACGUCGGCCAGCAAUAUCGAUUGAGUGACAACUACGUGAGCGAAACCUUCACAGCUCUUUGAGUAUUUGACUAACCUUUCGAAAACUGUGUUAACUAAAAAUAAAACGGCCACCCAGAAGCGCCACACGUGAUAGAUAUGCAAUUUUGUGCCUUGUACUGUUUUGUAAUAUAUUCCUAUUCAUUGAAAAUAAUAAACAUAAAUUUUGCUAAUAUUA